AUGCAAAACGGCAGACCUGCAGAGAUCCUGAACCUUGCAUCUUCGCGUGCCGUGGUGUCAGCCAUGGGUGAUGGUAGCUUGAGGCAUGUGGUUCACAAGCGAGUUCACCUGGAGCGGCACCAGCCCAAGCAUCGGCGCAGAUUGGGAUAUUUGGAGAAGCACAAGGACUAUGUGAAGCGAGCCAAAGACUUCCACAAGAAGGAAGACAUCAUCAAGGGUCUGCAUCGGAAGGCAUAUUUCAAAAAUGAAGACGAGUUCGCCUACGGCAUGAUGAGCCAUUCCACAAUGAAAGUCCGUGCUGUGGCAAGCUCUGAGCCACUGCUGAGAGGAAUCAGGGCGAGUGGGGGAGCUGGGAACCCGCACCGCAGUUCACCCGAAAUCUUCGAGUUUAACCUGGAACUGGCCGCGGCGCGCAGGUCGUGGGUCAAGAGUUGGCAGCUGCUUCAGCAGGCGAAGAAAGCACAUCUCCAGCCAGACGCCGUUACUUACGCCACUGCAGCCGACUCUCUGGCUACAGCGAAGCGCGCGACAGAUGCGGGAUUGCUCCUCCAACAGGCUCGCACAAGGCAGAUCAAGCCUACAACGGCGCUGAACACUGCAGUUGUCAACGCUUAUGCCGGACAAAGCUGCUGGGAAGAGACCAGCAUCCUCGUGGACAACAUGCGGAGGCAGGGCCCGAAGCCGAACGUCGUCACAUGCUCGGUUGCAUUGAAAAGCUGUGCUGCAAGUCGAUGGGCGGAUUGUUUCGAGGCCUUGCUCCUGCUUCGGACCGCCUGGCAUCAGUUUGCGGUGGAUUCCGUUUGUCUGGGUGCCACCGUGGCCGCCUGUGCAGUUUCCUCGGCUUGGGAGCAGGGCCUCUCUGUUCUGAUGCAGUCUAUCAGGCUGAAGCUCCGUGCCAACAUCAUCAUGUACAGUUCCAUUGUCACAUCCUGCGAACACGCAGGGGAGUGGGAAGUUGCCCUUCGCAUCCUUGAAGUUCCUACAGUUCAAGCAGCACCCAACGUGGUGCCGCUUUCAAGUGCUGUGAGUACUUUCGAGAAGCGCUGCCGAUGGUCGCAAGCCCUCCAGCUUCUGUGCGAGGUUCCACUGCGCUCUCUCCAG